AUGUCGCGCCGACCCAACCAGCCGAGCGAACGAUAUUCGAUGCCUCCAACAGAUGCAUCACCCCGCGACUCCCUUCGUCGAAAUGCCUCCCCGAGCCGGUCCGGAGGCGGGUCGUUUCGACGCGCAGCUCCCCAGAUGACCGACGACCGAGCAAGCGGGACCCUGGAAGGCAGCACCCUCGGGAGCAGCUCUCGCGAAGGGGAUAGAAGGAGAAUCUCGGGUCAGCAUAGGACGCAAAACUCGGGCAGCUUUCUGCUAGAUUCUCCGCUCCUGCCUCGGACCCAAAGUGCCAGAGUGAGCUCGUACCGGCCUGCGCCGUCCGAGCCGCGUACAGAGAAGCGCCAUACUGCUCCCGACCCCGAUAUUGCCGUGCCCAAAAAACGAUCACGAUUUCCGUGGAGCCGACAUAAAAACUCUUCGUCCGAGGCACCUUCUACAACCGGCCGAACGACACCGGGAACGGUCCAGCAGACUCCGACAUCUCCACCUGAUGUACAACCCUCCGCAACCUUGACACAGCCCGAGGCCAGGACGAAUGAUGUGGACCGGACUUCUCUCGCGCUCGACCGCGACUCUCUCCAGAUCGUCACCUUGGCGUUGAAUCUAAAUGAGUCGCGAAGGAGAACUGCUUCGGGCCUGGCCCAGGGCUCAGUUGGACGGAGACCCUCAGCCGUCUCUCAACCGGCUGCUCCUGUGGCCGAGCCAGGUGCAAACCAAGCAACGCAAAUGGGCAUGAAGUUUCCCGUCCUAAGCUUACUGCCUGCUACGGUAGUCGAUGACCAUCGAGCUUACGAGUUUUCGGAGAGCACUAUUGCGAGAGCGGAUAGAGCUCGUCGACACUUCGAUCUCUUUUAUGAGUAUCAGCGGCUGCUUCUUUCUCUCCCUCCUCUGCCACAACCUUCUAGUCCAGGGAUCCCAGACUAUUCCAGGGCCGUAAAUGCCACCCGGCAAGCCAACCGAGCAUACAACCCCCUUCAAAUGAUCCGCAAUCGAAGAGUCCGGUAUCGAGAGAAAUGUUCGAUUGAUCCCGAAGCCGAGGGCUGGCAUGAUGUUGACAAAGUCCGUGACUGGGUCAGCACUGUCGAGGACAAGUUUAGCCAGAGAGUCCAUGAUCAUAUGGAGACUCUUAGCCUUCCGUCGUUCCAACAAGGCCAGCGACAGCUGGGUACAGUUGAUGCCGAUGAUCUGGAAAACACAGCAACGUCACCACCUUCCAGCUUGAGACGAAUCAGUCGUACAAACAGCUUGAAAACUCGUCGCCCGCGUCUGGACUGGGAGUUUUCUCCAGCUGAGCUUCUGGCCGACACUGUUUGGGUCGAGGACGUAGCCAACAAGGUCAGGAUAGUGGAUAGGGAUGGCAACAAACUUUACUCGGGCCCAACAGACCUCGCGCUGGACACUCAUGCCGACUCUAAGGCGGCGACCAAAUCGCGACAAUCUGUGGAUGUGGAUAACCCUGAGACAGACCAUUCGUCACGACGAAAUUCUCUUUCCAUCCUACAUCCUGCGUUGGAGCCUGAAUUCAAAAGCGUUGGUCGUGGACGACAAAAGCACAAAUAUAGAGGUCAUUCACGAAGUCUCACUAGCCGAAGUGUCUCCAGUGAACGAGAAGGCUCGCGCUGGGACAGGAUAAGGAGACGUCGAGGCAGUGUUUCGAGCAUUUCAAGUGCAGAGGUUCGCAGUUCAGUGGACAAAAGAGGGCGACCUUCCUGGACAGAUGAUCGGAAAGACAGCGACCGGCCGUCGCAAAACGUCUCCUCAAAACCCUCAUCUCGACCACCACGUGUGAAGUCUCCAAUCCUGGAAAAUCCAAGUUACGGUAGAAGCAAGAUCACGGGCUCUCAAUCGUCUGGGCUCCCCCGGAUCCGCACAUCAGAAGACCGACCCUGGAAACAUCGAAGACAGGAGUCAUUUUCAUCGACGGGCAGUCUGGAUGAUCGAUACAAGCAGCGAAUGUCCUUGGAAGAAAGAGAUAGCACCGCCCCGAGCUCACCGGUCUAUGCUGGUUAUUUCCCAAGCAUUGCCGCCAAUUUGUCUCCCCCUUCAAGCCGCUCCCCCUCGCCAACCAAGAACAAACUUCGGCAUAAAAUUGUUUCUCGCCAUGAGUCCAGCAAGAAAGAACCCAGGGACCGAAUCACGGGUGACAUUCGGGAUACUGACGCCUUGCGCCGACACAGCCUGACGUCCCUCCCUGAGCAUGUUGAAGGCGGCCCAAAGCUGGCCCCUAGUCCACUUCCGGAUGUUGUGUCUACGGCUUAUCACGACGAUGAGAAUAAUCGUGUGGAUUUAUCCAGGGCACGAAAGGGAGCAUAUCUUCCUGAUGUUGGGCUUCGCGGAAUCUUCAAGGGGCCGGGUAGGAUCGCUGAAAUUGUCGGCAACGAAGUCUCCAAAGUCGGAGAUCUCAUUCUGAAGAAAGAACAAUCUCUAGUAUCAAAAAAUUCAUCGUCCGCGACCCCUAUCACAUCGGAUGAUAGCGAUCUUGAGGAUGGGGACGCAAGGCCCGACAGACGGUCAGGCCCGAAGGCGCUGUUGCGCCGUUUCGCGAGCCUUGGAGAAGAACCUGGACGCCCGACUCGCGAAGAUUCCGACAAGGCUGCAUCGUCUAGAAAUCUAAGACCGACGUUACCUACUUUUACAUCGCCACUGCGGCAGGAUGGGCGGAACACAGCGAGCGAUGCCACAGACCCUGGUAGCCCCCGUGAGCGUGUGCCUGCCAACCGAAUUCUUAUGCAGCGCAGCAAAACGAUUGAUUAUGCGCCUCCUCUAAGUGCAGGCAGAGAACACGGGAUGGUGCGCGGCAUCAAAGAUCCAUCUGAUCCCUUCAGUCUCACGCGCCCUCCUGUCACUGGUCUCGCCAAAGCUCGAGCAUCACUAGUACCACAGGAGAGCCGCCCCAGGCUCACGGACGCGAGUCGCGCCUGGAGCAUCUCUGACCGCAGCCUCCACACCCUGAAUGACUAUGGCGUCCCUGGGAAAGCAGAAAUUGAACGCACUCGCGCCCUUCUUUUGUCGUCAGGGAUCAAGGCCCGAGAAAUCACUCGUCGAGCUCAUACUGUCCGAGAACCACCUCCAUGGGUGCAUAAGGCCGUAGGCUCCAGUGCAUCUAUGACAGGCGUUACGCGACUCGGUGAAUUUGAUCUAGCCGCCCAAAACCUUCUGCGGCGCUUCGAAAUGACCCAAUAUUCAUUCCAACAAUCCAUGCACCACUUCUCGACGGCAACAUCAUCUCCUCUCCGCACACAGCUCAAGAAUUUGGAAUCGCUGGUCAACCAAACCCUCACGCCUCGCGUUCGUGCCACAGCGAGCGAAGCAGAAGACCUCUGCGUCCAGCUCAACACUACCAACACCCUCGCAGUUAAACAACUCAGCGACGCGCUCGAUAUAGGAGUCCGAAGGCGCCGCCGUCGGCUCCGCUGGGUUCGCCGGACGGGCUUUGUCGUGCUGGAAUGGGCCCUUGUCGGAAUGCUCUGGUGGGUGUGGCUGAUUGUCAUGGCUUUUAAGAUUGUGCGCGGUGUUUUUCGAGGCUCUAUUGCGGGUGCAAAGUGGGUUCUGUGGUUGUAA